UAGAGCGUUGGCUCACUGCGUAGAGUCCUGCGCCGCCAAGAAUGUCAUCCAUAACACGGCCGUCUUCCUCGACGAUGCGAUCGACAAUGAACAUGCCGAACGAACAGAAGAGGCUGUCCAUUGCGUUCUAGUAGCGUUGUACUUGGUACAGCUGCUGGACUGCUGCACUUUUUGUUAUCUAAUCUCGGCAAAUUCCGACCGAGGCCCCGCAUGACGACUUGAAGAAGCAGACCACUGACCACAUAUACUUGCUGCUAAGUACUUAGGCUUGUAGCUGGCAAACUCGCAGGAUGCACAAGGAAAUCUUCACAAUCAAUGCUUCUCAUCCAAGAAGCCAUCCACGCUCCACCAACAAGGCAAAUGACAGACUGCAGUGCUGCGGCAAUAUUUACUCGCGCUCUGCCAUUCUCCCGGCAUCAGGCACCUUCAACAUCAUCAUGGCACACGCCAAUGGCUUCCCCAAGGAACUCUAUGAGCCCUUUAUUGAAGACCUCUUCAAGGAAAACAAGCAAGUCAAGCAAGUCUACAUCCUGGAUGCUGCCCACCAAAACAUGUCUGGCAACCUCAACAUUGACAAACUCGGCGAUGUCGUGACCUGGUAUGAUGGUGCAUUCGAUCUGUUUGAGAUGAUUCGUGCGCUCAAAGUCGACGGCCCGCUGAUUGGAAUCGGUCACUCUAUGGGAGGCUGUCAAAUUGCAUACCUCGCCGUCAUCCAUCCCCGGUUAUUCGAAGGGAUUGUCCUGAUGGAUCCAAUCUUGUUUGAUGCGGGUUCCAACAAGAGUAGCUGGGUGGGCAAGCCAAACAAUAUUGCCAACAUGUCUGCGCGUCGUCGUCAAGACUUUCCCUCACGACAAGCUGCGCGUCAAGGCUUUCUCAAGUCACCUUUCUAUCAAAGCUGGGAACCAAAAGUCUUUGAGAUGUGGAUGCAGUAUGGCGUGGUUCCCGUAUCACCGCCAUCUGCCGUCUCUGAUAAUGCAGCGGAAGAAGGACCUGUGCGCCUCUCGACGCUUGUCUCACAGGAAGUUUACACUUUCUUGCAUUGGUUCCCAAAACGACCCUCCGAGAUGUCUGGCAACCACCUGGAUAUGACGGACGCCGAUGUGGAUUGUGCCACAUUCACAUUCAGGAAUCUCGCACAAAUCAGGUGUCCAGUCAAGUUCAUCUAUGGUGAACGCUCGCCUGAUAUGACUGCCGAAGUCAGACUGGGUCAGACAUCGAGGUGCAAGCACUCCAUUGAACAUAUUAUGCCAAGAGCCGGCCACUUGAUCCCCAUGGAACAGCCGCUGAACUGCGCCUUGUCGUGUUCUGGGUUCCUCAAUACUCAGGCAAAGGUAUGGGCGGCCUUUGUGAGGCAGGACAACAACAUCAAACGCGAGUCGCUCAAACUGACUGAGGAAUACAAGCAAAAGAUGGCAGACAUAUUUGGCGGUGUACCUGUGAGUGCUAAGAGGGCCAAGAAGGCCAAGCUAUAGGUGUUUAUGUAGAUUGUACCAUAACCACACGAGCUCAAUGGCAGAGUACACGACUAUCCAGUCGAAGCCGCGUGGACUUGCCACGGUAGAGCUGAGUAAUCUUGGAGCAACGCUCGUUAGCUAUA